AUGUCCAGCUUCGAAAAACUUGUAAAACUAGCGUGCAAGCCCAAGGUGGCUGCACCCAAGUCCAAGUACAUCGAUCCGCUGGUGUCUGCGACAUAUGCCGACGAUGGAUCCAUACACGACAUUUGUCGGGCGCUUGCUCCUCGAUUCAAGGAGCCCAAUGCUAUCGUGUUCAAGGCGUUGAUUGUGCUGCACAGCAUCAUCCGCCAAGGCCAGACAGACAAUGUACUCAAAUAUCUCGCGUCCUCAGAUGUUUUGCGAUUGCGCAAUGUCUCCAAUGGCCAAUGGGAUGGCUACAUGGCCCCCCAAAACAUCGCGCACUAUGCGAUGUACUUGGACUGCAGAGUGCGCACGUACAAAGAUCUGAAGCACGAUGCAAUCCGCGUUCAGAGCGAGUCCAAUAGAGAUCGAAUGUCGACCGAUGACGACAGUCAGUCUAGCCGCCCCAUACAACGCAACAAAACCGUCAUGGGCCGCAAGCUCCGUGUCAUGACUGUCGAAAAGGGCCUGCUGCGUGAAACCAAGAUGGUCCAACGGUUGACGGAUUCCCUGUUGGAAUGCAAGCUCUACGACGACAGUCUCGAGGACGAACUCAAUGUUACGGCCUUGAGAAUGCUUGUCAAGGACUUGCUGGUUCUAUUCCAGGCAGCCAACGAGGGUGUGAUCAAUGUCCUGGAACACUACUUUGAAAUGUCCCAUGUUGAUGCCGAGAACGCGCUCAAGAUCUACCAGCAUUUUUGUAAACAAACCGAACGCGUCGUCAACUACCUUGGAAUAGCAAAGAAGCUCCAGAACGUGCUCAAUGUCCAGAUUCCCAACUUACGCCAUGCCCCCGUAUCGCUGGCCAAAACGCUGGAGGAAUAUCUGAAAGACCCGAACUUUGAAGAUAACCGCCUUGAGUAUAGGAACAGCAAGAUUAUCGCGGAUGGCGGAUCUGUCAGCAAGAAAAACGAAAAAGCACCAGAGGCAAAGCCGAAUCCAUCCAUCAAAAUCCCGGAGAACAAUACUGCAAGUUCGAGUACAGCAGCAGAGUCGGCCAAGCCCGGAAAGUCCGAAUUGAUGGACUUUUUCGCAUCCAUCGAGCAGGAACAGCCUAGCAUCCCAACCAACCAUUACUUCCAGCAGCAGUCCCAGUUCAACCCUUUCCUCCAACGGCAGAUGAUGGCCCCCCAGAUGACUGGCAUGAACGCUCAGCAGCCGUUCAUUCAACCACAAGCCACGGGCUUCAACCUGAACAAUCCUUUCCCUCAGCAACCUCAACAGCCGUUCCUUAUUCCCCAAGCCACUGCAGUUCCGUUCCAGGCUCAACCCUUGCAGCCUCAAGCAACUGCUAUGCCAUUCAUUCAACCUCAACAAACCGCCGCUCCUUUCUUACAGCCCCAGGAUACGGCACGGCCGUUCCAACCUCAGCAGCAGCAGCAACCUGCUCCAUUCUUGCAGCCUCAAAUGACCGGAUCGAAUCCGUUCAGGCAAACUAUACUUCUUCCACAAACCACUGGGAUGCCUUCCAACCCGUUCCCAUCCAAUCCUUUCCCCUCUUCGAACCCUUUCCCCUCUAAUUCUGCCACUUUGAAUGCGCAACCAACAGCCACUGGAAUCGGUCCUGGUAUCGCCCGACCCGCCUCUACCCCCAUUGGUGGUGCUGAGCGUAAACCGACGAUCGCGCCACUUGUUCCCCAGGUUACUGGAUCCCGGAAUCCAUUUGGUCCUGUUCCUGCCCCUCCACCUCCACCUGUUCCCAAAUUGCCCACAUUGGCCGAAUUGCAGGGCGGCGCAUUUUCGGCAAGCUUCUCGAGCAGUGGUACCACUGGCCAAAGCACCAACGGAGCCGGUACGAUCCAGACUCAACCAUUCGGCUCCGGGCCGUUUGGACAGACGAACGGCACUGGGAACCAGAUCCAGUCGCAGCCAACAGGCUCGACAAACGUGUUUGAUAUGUCCAGUAUCGCCUCGUCGUUCGCAUUUGGAAGCAACGAUGAGGCUACCCCGAAGCCCGAGAUCAAACCGCUCGAUCCUCAGGCGACUGCCACGUCCUCGUUUAGCGGUUCGUCGAUGUUUUCCGCGCAACCCACCGGAUCGUCGUUUAGUUCUACCUCGACGAGCUUGUUCGGGUCGGGGUCGAGCGCAUUUGGGUCGAGCAGUACUCCAUUCGGCUCUGGCAGGUCCACAUCUCCAUUCAGCUCAGGCUCUACGACCACCCCAUCGCUUGUUCCUCAGGUGACUGGGUUUGGAGGGAGCAAUGUCAAGCCGUUCAAGCCCACUUCUUCAUUUGGGGCCGAGUUGAUGGACAAUCUUCCCGGCACCAAGCAAGACGCUCCGUCUCUCUCAUUCGGCUCAUCGUUGACUUCUCAACCCACAGGAGCGUUUGGUAGUGGCUUGAGUUCCCAGCCGACGGGAUUGGGCUCGCAGCCAACCGGGCUAGGAUCAUCUGCAUUUGGCGGAGGGUUGAACUCCCAGCCUACGGGCGCAUUCGGCGGCAGCCUGCUUUCCCAGACAACUGGGCUAGCAGGAGGAGCCAAUCCUUUCCGUGCAUCCAUGUUCAACAACCUGGGCAACGGCCCCUCGCCUAUGGGCGCUGGCAAUAACCCCUUCCCAUCCUCCACCUCCGCUGGUUCAGGCCAGCAGCAGCAGCAGACACAGCAACCCUCCUUUUCUUUGAUUUAG